AUCCAGUUCCGCACACGAAAGCUCUGCUUAGCACCGACGCUAGAACAAAGCGAAUCAUAUAUAUAUAUAUAUAUAUAAAAAUAGAUAGCUCUCUCACAGUCACACACACAGCGAGAAUCCGUUGAUCCAUAAACGGUUUUUCACAAAGCAAGCAAGCAAUCCAAAUUCCAAGGGUUGGCGGAGAGUGAUCGAUCGAGGUUAGACAAAAAGCAAGAUGCCGAAGAACAAGGGAAAGGGAGGGAAGAACCGGAAGCGAGGAAAGAACGAGGCGGACGACGAGAAACGCGAGCUGUUGUUCAAAGAAGACGGGCAAGAGUACGCCCAGGUGAGCCGAAUGCUGGGGAACGGUCGGUGCGAGGCCACGUGCGUCGACGGCACCAAGCGGCUCUGCCACAUCCGCGGCAAGAUGCACAAGAAGGUGUGGAUCGCCGCAGGGGACAUUGUACUCGUUGGCCUCAGGGACUACCAGGACGACAAGGCCGACGUCAUCCUCAAGUACAUGCCCGACGAGGCCAGGCUCUUGAAGGCCUACGGGGAGUUGCCGGAGACCACCAGGUUGAACGAGGGGAUUGCUGCUGGGUUGGUCGAGGAGGAUGAAGGAGUUGGGAGUAAUUAUGUUGUGUUUGAGGACGAGGAUAUUGACAAGAUUUAAGAGAAACAAAGAUAGAUGGGGUCUGGUUUUUUGCUUUGAUUUUCUGUUUUCUAUUAAUAUUGAGCGGCUUGCGUUCGAUAUAUUUUAACAGUUUCUCUUUAGAAGGGUCUUAAUUCGUUGUUUUGGUUUAUGAUGCAAAUAAUUGUAUUGAGUUUUGAGAACAAUAUGUAUAAAAUACAAUUAUUUUGGAA